AGUACGUUAGAUCCUUCUACCUCCAGUUCUGGAAGUAGCUCUGCCUUCGAAGCAGCCAAAUUAAGACAGCCAGACGUCUGUGCGGAACCUGUCCGGCAGCAGUCUGGAAAUGCCAACACAGAAACUCUGCCAUCGGGGUGGGACAGAGAAAGAUCCUCAUGGUUAGAACCUAUUAUGUGGAUCAUAACACUAGAACGACCACAUGGGAGAGGCCACAACCUUUACCUCCAGGUUGGGAAAGAAGAGUUGAUGAUCGGGGAAGAGUUUAUUAUGUGGAUCAUAACACCAGGACAACCACCUGGCAGCGGCCUACCAUGGAAUCUGUGCGGAAUUUUGAACAGUGGCAGUCUCAGCGGAACCAACUGCAGGGAGCUAUGCAGCAGUUCAACCAACGAUACCUCUACUCGGCUUCAAUGUUAGCUGCAGAAAAUGACCCAUAUGGGCCUUUGCCACCAGGCUGGGAAAAAAGAGUGGAUUCAACAGACAGAGUUUACUUUGUGAAUCAUAACACAAAAACAACCCAGUGGGAGGAUCCCAGAACUCAAGGCUUACAGAAUGAAGAACCCCUGCCAGAAGGCUGGGAAAUUAGGUAUACCCGGGAAGGCGUUAGGUACUUUGUUGAUCAUAAUACAAGAACAACAACAUUCAAAGAUCCUCGCAAUGGGAAGUCAUCUGUAACUAAAGGUGGUCCACAGAUUGCUUAUGAACGCAGCUUUAGGUGGAAACUUGCUCACUUCCGUUAUUUGUGCCAGUCUAAUGCACUACCCAGUCAUGUAAAGAUCAAUGUGUCCCGGCAGACAUUGUUCGAAGAUUCCUUUCAACAGAUUAUGGCAUUAAAACCCUAUGACUUGAGGAGGCGAUUAUAUGUAAUAUUUAGAGGAGAAGAAGGACUUGAUUAUGGUGGUCUAGCAAGAGAAUGGUUUUUCUUGCUUUCACAUGGUUUGAACCCCAUGUAUUGCUUUGAGUAUGCUGGCAAGAACAACUACUGUCUACAGAUAAAUCCAGCAUCAACCAUUAAUCCAGACCAUCUUUCAUACUUCUGUUUCAUUGGUCGCUUUAUUGCUAUGGCACUUUUUCAUGGAAAGUUCAUUGAUACUGGUUUCUCUUUACCCUUCUACAAGCGUAUGCUAAGUAAAAAACUGACUAUUAAGGAUUGGAAUCUAUGAUACUGAAUUUAUAAUUCCCUUAUCUGGAUAAGAGACAACAACAUUGAAGAAUGUGGCUUAGAAAUGUACUUUUCUGUUGACAUGGAGAUUUUGGGAAAAGUUACUUCACAUGACCUGAAGUUGGGAGGUUCAAAUAUCCUGGUGACGGAGGAGAAUAAAGAUGAAUAUAUUGGUUUAAUGACAGAGUGGCGUUUUUCUCGAGGAGUACAAGAACAGACCAAAGCUUUCCUGGAUGGUUUUAAUGAGGUUGUUCCCCUUCAGUGGCUGCAGUACUUUGAUGAAAAAGAAUUGGAGGUCAUGUUGUGUGGCAUGCAGGAGGUUGACUUAGCAGAUUGGCAGAGAAACACCGUGUAUCGACAUUAUACCAGAAACAGCAAGCAAAUCAUCUGGUUUUGGCAGUUUGUGAAAGAGACAGACAAUGAAGUAAGAAUGCGACUACUGCAGUUUGUCACUGGAACCUGCCGUUUACCUCUAGGAGGAUUUGCUGAGCUCAUGGGAAGUAAUGGGCCUCAAAAAUUUUGCAUUGAAAAAGUCGGCAAAGAUACCUGGUUACCAAGAAGCCACACAUGUUUUAAUCGCUUGGAUCUACCACCAUAUAAGAGUUAUGAACAACUAAAGGAAAAACUUCUUUUUGCAAUAGAAGAGACAGAGGGAUUUGGACAAGAAUGAAUGUGGCUUCUUGUCUUGGAGGAGCUCUUGCAUUUAAAUACCCCAGCCAAGAAAAGUUGCACAGAUAGUGUAUAUAAGCUGUUCAUUCUGUACAGUGAAUUUUCUGAACCUCUCAAAGUAUAAAUGUUUUCCGUUCUUCCACAGAAAUAUGCAAAACAGUUCAUCCUUUUCUACUUUAUUUAUUGUUCCCUUGAAGUGACUGACUAGGAAAAAAAAUCAUCUUUAAAUUCUGAAGUUGAAGCAAGCAAGAGACUUUAUUAAAAAUAAGUAUAUAUCUAUAUAAGCAUAUAUGAUAGUGGCUCUAGUUUUAUAGAGCUCAGAGUGUAUUAAACGUGACAGCCAUUCAUCCAAAAAUAAUCUGGAUUUGCUUUACCUUGUUUCUGUUAUCCAGGGGAAGAAGUACAAAUUACUCCAUGUUUUUUUCCCUUUGUAACACCUCUUGAGGGUGUUUUGUUGCAUGGCUGUUCAGGAAGGUAUUAAGGGCUUAGGCCAAAAUCUUACUUUGAAUAUGUUAAAAAAUGCUGCUGGCUUUUCUUAAGAUGGGUGCUUGAACCUGUCAGUUUGUUUUAAAUAAAUACAGUAGUUGAAAAUUUU